AUGACGACUCCUGAAACUGAUAGUAAAGAUGUACAAACUGAUAUUCAUUUUAAAUUAUUAAAAACAUUACAAACAUAUAUAAUUGCUGUAAGUCAUUAUCGCUUAUAUUUAUUUAAUCGAUAUACUCAAUCAGAUGAAACCUAUGAAUUUCCAACUUUAUUUCGUAUACGAAAACAAAUUCUCAAUCGAUUUGAAUGGGUUAUUAUUGAACUUGAACAAAUAAUAGAAGAUUUACAACUGCAUCGAUUGUCAAUAACUGAUGUUGAGCAAAGCAUCAAUCGACCAUUGAUCAAAGAAGUGAUUGAAACAGCACUUAAUGCUGAUCUAUCUUCUAUUAUGGUACAAAAUCAGUUUGUUCCAAGUAAACAUGAAUGGAGAGUAUAUAAACGUAAUUUACAAGAGACAAAAAAAGAUUUAUGUAUUCUUAGUUUAGUUGUUCAUCAAAAUAUUUCAAGAAUAAAAAAUAUGGCUGUUAAUAAAAAACAACAAAUUCGUGGUAUAAGAAUAUUAUUAACUGUUUUCUAUGGAUUUCUUCUAUCGAGUACAUUAUUUCGUUAUGUUAUUCAUGGUAUUGUUGAAACAAUUCGACGACCAACAAAUCCAUAUGCAAUUGCAAUGAUUGUUAUUGGUGGUUUAAUUUUAAUUUCAAUAUUUCUUGCUACUUAUGCUACAUGGUUUGAUAAUACAGUAAUAUUAUUAGUAUCAGGUGUUGUUCUGGUAUUUGUAUUUAUUUUAACAUUGGUCUUUGGUAUUAUACGUAUUGUUAAAACAGCACCUGAUCGUACUUUACCACCACCAACACAAACUUCAUUUGAAUCAAGUGAUAUGAUCACAACAACAACAACAUUAGCAAAUGAUAUUAAAUCGAAUUCGGAUAUUUAUGCUUUAGCUGAAGAUAUAACAAAAUUAAUUAUUGAAUUGGUUUUUACACUUUUUGCUAUACUUGCUACAUUUGCUUUAUUUCGAUAUGUUAAAGGAAAAUAUGCUGCCGUACCAACGCGUGAAGCAUCGUAA